UUCCACAUCCUGCCACUAGAAGUCGCCAGAUUUCAACUGACAUAUUUCUGCAUGACGUCAUAGUUUCUGCGACAUUUUUAACAACCAGAAACGUCAGUUUUCGGGGACUCGAUCAUCGGGGUGUUUGGAGAAGGUAACAUCAUGGCGACAGGACCUGGAGAAGCGUCCACUGGACACGAUGCAGAAUUGGACGAGUUAUUGGACAGUGCCUUGGAUGAUUUUGACAAAACAUCGGUCCCUCCAGCUCCUGAGCCUGCUGCAGCUUCCUCCUCAGCCAGCAGUGGUCCAGAGAAGCCGCCCCUGCUUGAAGACUGCAAACUGUUUGAGAGUUUAUUUGAGGGUGAAAUGGCUUCUCAAGCCAAGGAAGAGUGGGAGAAGGCCAUGACUGAGCUAGCCCAUGAGGAGCCCGAGUUACUGCAGCACUUUCAUAAACUGUCAGAGGCUGCAGGCAAAGUUGGCACUGACACAGCCUCACAACAAGAAUUCACCUCCUGUCUUAAAGAUACCCUCCGUGGUUUGGCCAAAAACGCAGACAACCUGCAGUCGUCAGGAUUGGCUGGGGACGACCUUGUCAAGGCUCUAGAAGGCCUGGGAUUGGAUGAGGCUGGUGAAGGAAGUGAUGAUGGAAACAUCCUGCCCAUCAUGCAGUCCAUCAUGCAGAAUCUCCUCUCUAAAGAAGUGCUGUAUCCGUCUCUCAAAGAGAUCACUGCCAAGUACCCAGAGUGGUUGGACACCAACAAGCCAAACCUGAGCCCAGAGGACUUCCAGCGCUUUACCCAGCAGGCAAAAAUCAUGGGAGACAUCUGUAAGCACUUCGAGAAGGAGGAGGAGGGAGCAGAGGAAAAAGACGGCACGUUUGAGAACAUUAUGGAUCUGAUGCAAAAGCUGCAAGACCUCGGCCAACCUCCCAAAGAGCUGGCGGGUGACACGCCUCCUGGCUUUAACUUCGACAUCGAGUCCCUCAAUCUCCCAGGAGGCCCUGGGGCGGGGGCGGCAGAGCAGUGCUCCAUCAUGUGAUGAGGUGGCGGUGCGGUCCAUCAGAAGCACUGGAGCCAGAGGGUCACUCUGUGUGGGCGUCAGACAGUCGAGCAACAAAGGAAGGAGGGGAUGACAGAGAGAGAAGUAAACGUGAGGCAGGAGUAGAACUGGACUGUUGACACUGUUCUCCCUUGAGCAGAAGGUGUGUGUGUGUGUGUGUGUGUGGGUGCAGGAACAUCAGGAGGAGGCAGGAAAACCAACAGGAAGUUCACACACAAACACAAACUCCUCAGCCUAAAAUCACUGACCGCACAGCUGAGAACACUUCAUCCCUGCGUUAGCCCGUCAGCGGUUGCCGUUAGCGCUUUGACUUUUUUAUUUUAGCAUCAUUCCUUUAUUUCGAAAAAAACAACAGUUGCAGUUUUUUGUGUUGUUUCAACUGUUUAGCCUCAUGGUUAAAACCAACCACACCACUUCACGGGUUUAAACAGUGCCUUUGCAGAAUGAUUUUUAAGAUGUUGUUUUAGGCCUCAUCAGUAGAAGGUAAAGUUUUGAUAUCAUUCAUCCGAGCACUUAAGAUCAUUGUUCUAAAACUGUAGGCUCAUCCCAUUCUUUCACCAAGGUAGUGAUGAUUCUUUGGUACCUCAUUAAUUACACACCUCUGUUUCUGUACAGCCUGUAUAGGAUGUAAAUGAAGAGCUAAUCACGUGUUAACAUGUAAGGAAGAUGAAACUAACCAAGUGUACAUUUGUUGAUUAUUUAUAAAACUAAAAGAGACUAAAGAGGAGUCCUUGUUAAAGGAUCCUCCUGUAAUCCAGCCAACUAACAUGGCAAUAAAAUAAGACCCGUCCCCUGUUCCUGUCCCCGCAGUAUGAACAUAAAGUGAUUGCGAUGAUGAUUCCUGAAUGCCUUUGCUGUGGUUACAGUGAUCAUUAUAGUGUAGCGUUACUGUGAAAAGUGCUUCCCUUGUGAUUCCCUGUGUGUUUAAUGUGCAGAGUGAUGUUGUUUUGGUAUGGGGUCCCUGCUAGGGAAGAAAUUUCAGAGGUAUUCACGAGCUGUUUACCACCUAUUUACACAAAUAUACUAUACCCUCCAUUAAAAGUACAUUAUGUUCUUUCCAGAGAAGGCGGGUAAAAACAUCCUGAUGUUAACACAUUUCGGCCGUGGCUUGUUUACUCCAGCAGCCACUUCUCGCCGGCUGCUAAUGCCAAUAGACAAAAUUAAGCGCUGUGACUGUACAGACAGGUCUAGAAUUCACACGACCAGCAGCUCAUCAAUAACUGUGUAAUAAAAGGUUACUGUAAAAGGAUUCAGUCAGCCAUGCACUGAAGCGAGAGCAGAUUUACGUGGAACACGGCUGAGGGGUCGCUGCUGUGGAGGUCCAUAAAGGCCCGUGGUUGUCACUGCAGGGGGGUUCAGCAGGGGUGUGAUCCAUUCAACUCUCAGGCCGAUGUAAACAUGCCCUACACACGGUUAAUGAAAUGCAUCCUGAUGUUUGACACUACCAUUUUGUUUUGUAAAUAUAUGAAAUAAAAUAAUAUGAUUCAAA